UGACGCUACCCUGCGCUACACUCAGGCAGCGCUCGAGUGAACUUUCGAAGAUGGCGUCGCGAGUGUGUACUGUUUUAUUCUCAUCAAUGGGUAUCAUUACAAUUUCAUGUCUUUGCGUGCUCCUCAUCGUGGAAACUUCAGCUACGCAUUAUGAUGUGUCUGGCGGUGCUGCGGAGCUGUCACGAGAGGAUAUUGUGCCACUCCACCGUGUCCGGCGUGGCUCCGGUGCCACUGAAGUCACCAAGAAGCCGACGCUGGACAACAAAAAGAUGCCGACCAAGACACCCUUGAUAAAAACGCCAGAGCUGUCCAAGCUGAAGGAAUCUCCAGUAGUCGAAGGCAUGGUGCCGCCUGCAGUUCCGACACAAGCCGCUGGAGCACCACUGACCACAGCUGUUCCACAGCCGGCACCGCAGCAACAUCUGGUGGGCAAUGUUACCACUGAAUCUCCUGCUGUGCCCCCCAGUGCCCCUGCUGUGCCCGCAGUUGUGCCCGCCAAUACUGAGGCAGGCAAUGUGUCGACGACGACUCAGGUGACACCCCUGGUGACAUCCUUCCUCAGCGAAGAGGAGCUGGAGAGCCUGGUCGAAUCGGGCAACGUGACGCUGCCACCGGGAUACCAGAACCAGACGGAUCACCAUGACUAUUACAACACCACUUUCUACGUGGACCCUGCAACGGUGCGGAGCCUUUGGACCGACAUGGAUGCGCUGCCCAGCGAGCAUGUCAUCACCCAUGACAUGCUCUCUGUGUCGCACCGACGGGCAGCCACGGUGAACUUGAGUUUCGACUUCCCCUUCUAUGGUCACCCAGUGCGGAACAUCACCAUUGCCACUGGAGGUGAGGCCACCACAUUUGUCACUACAGGCAUAUAGAAUGCUGUUCACCAC